CGCCCGAUCCUCUUGUCCCAAACCACCAUCACCCGCAUACCCUCCUGCGCCCCUACAUCUAAUACCACCCGCAAUGGCGACGCCGUCGAUGGCGCCGGCCCUGUUCUCGCGCCUGCAGCUGGCGGCGGCGCUGAUCGAGUACGACAACGACCCGGAGGACCCUGACGCGCCCAACCGCUCCGCGCAGGAGAGCGCCAUCUUCGCGCACUUCCGCCGCAAUCCGCGCCCCCAGCACGUCCCGCGGCAGAGCGACUACCUCGGCGUGGCGCUGCCCAGCGAGGCUGGCGGGGCGCCCGCGCGCGACUCGAAGGCCGCGGAGCUGCGCCAGUCUAUCGCGGAGUACCGCCGCUCGCGCGGGACGUCGCUGGAUAUGCUGCGCAACCCGUUCGCGCAGGAGGACGUGCCUGAAGAGAGCAGCAUGCACGAGCCCGAGAGGGAGCCCGAGGAGGAGAUGGACCUCUCCUCGUGGGGCCUCGACGCGCUAUUCCCGAAGGACAAGAAGGGAAAGGGCAAGGCGAAGGCGAAGAGUGACACCCUGCCCGUGCAAAAGAGUGUGCAGCCACUGCUGUCUCCCCAAGCCCAGCAGGUCUUUCCCCACGCUGAUCUCCCCACCAUUCCUAGGCGUACGGAGCGCUCGCAGAGUGCUGGCAACCUCGAUGAGCUGGUUGGAGCUACCGGCGAUGACCGUCGACGGACUAUCGCAGCAGCCCUGGACUACGAGCAGAUAGUGCCUAUGCGACGACGCGCCGUAUCUAAUCCGCUGGAGCCCUCGACGUCUGCGGCUGCCGCUGAGCCGUCCUCGGGUCUGGCUUAUCUCGACGAAGACCCCAUCGAGGACGACCCUCCUAUGCGCAUACCCUUCCCCGCGCAAUCGGAGCGCUCCGCGUCACCGAUGGUCCAGGACCGGGCUAGCGAUUACUUCGGCCACCAGCGCACUCACUCCGCUGCGAGUGGGAAUCUACUAGCAGAGGCCGAGCGUCGACGUGUAUCCUCGAACGCGACGCAGGCGCUUCUCGAUGAGAACAACCCGUUUAACAUCCGCCCGCCGACCCGCUCGUCGCGCUUCGACCCGAAGAUGGCUGCGCACGCUCGCACGACGUCCUUUGCGUCGAUGGGCUCGCGGCUGCCACUCAAUGAUGCUGAUAUGCAGUCCGUCCAUACGAAUGCGAGGUUCGAGCGUGAGCGGAGUCGCCCUCUUUCUACUUUGGAAUUGCUCCGUCCGAAGGUGCUCGUUAUGCCGAGCCCGCUGCAGUCCACGGCGAUGCAGCCACCGCCUGCGCCUCCAAUCACUCGCGACGGCUUCAUUCUCUCUUCUGACGGGACACCUCUGCCUCCGGGGGCUCGCGCGUCCCGCCGAGCAUCCGCUCUGCAUGCGUUUGGCAUCGACCCCAGCGCGAUCCCCGUCGCCUCCAACUCCUUCACGCCGAACCCCCGUGCCAACCUCACGCUGUCGCAGUUGACUUUCCGUAACAAUCUGGCCGUCGACGGUCAGCGCGAUGUCGCAUAUGCAGACAUCGACGCCAGCCUACCGCGUGCUACCCAUGACGGAGAGCAGAUCGAGCUGGAGGAUCCUCCUGUGCAGCCGGACGUGACACGGCCGGCAUCAGUGGCGGCCUCGCAGCUUCCUGCGCGUGGUCCGGGCAAGCUGUUUGGUGUCAGUCUCAUUGACCAUCUCGAGCAACGCAAGGCGGAGAUGCGUAGCAAGCAGAGGGUCUUCACGGGCGAUAACCGCCCGACUAUGAUGGCUCGCGGACAACUGCAACGACAGACAACGCUCAUUGACCCGAAUACGCUCAACAUACGCCCACAAACCCAGCGAAUGUCGUCCUACCAGUCUGCACCUGAUAUCAUGCGCCGCCAAUCUCAGGGAAAGCCUCUUGUCGACAUGACCGCGGAAGGCCUAACUCCGUCGCGCGCUCUCGGCCAGCCUUCGGCUGUGCGCUCCGUCUUCGGCGUAGACACGCUCUGGGAGCGCGAGAUGGCGAAGGUCAAGGAAAUCGAGGCGCAGGAGGCCGCCGAAGAGGAAGAAAGGCGAAGGAAGGAGGCUGAGGAGGAGGCACGCAACCCGAAGAAGAAAAAGAAGAGCAAGAAGGGGAAAAAGGAGCAGGCGCCUGGCGAGUCGUCGCUCACGGUCAACGAGGUGUCUCCUUCGGCGUCUUCUGUGGCGGAUACGCCGCCUGUGCCGGACGUUCCGCGGGUGUCUGCCGAGCCGCCGACGUUGCCAGAUGUACCCAAGGUGCUCGCGCGUGGGCCGCCGCGGCCUGCGGACGACGAUGACGAGUCUUCCGAGAGCGACGAUGACGAGGAGGCCCAGCCUACUCCUCGCAAAAGCGAGGAUACUGGCAACUGGUUCGCUGGUGCGUCGGACGAUGAGGGUGAAGCUGGCCCUCGGCGUACGACGGGCACUGGACCUCGUUACCCCAAGAAGGCCGCAAGCCAGCCGAAGCCACCACCGCAGGAUGACGACAGCGAGGAGGACCUGCCGCUGACGGCGACGCUCAACCGUGCUAUGGCUAGGCAGACUAUCGCCCAGGCUCUUGAUGAUUCCGAGGACGAGGAUAAGCCUCUUGCGGCGGUCAUGAACAAGAAGCGCACCACGUCCACGGCCGGCUCCGUGCUGCCAACCCUUGGGUCUGAAGGAGGCCUGUUGUCUAAGGAAUUUGACAACUUAUUGUCAUCCAAGAAGGGUGGCGACGACGAGGAUGACGAGGACAAUCAGCCGCUCGGCCUGCGUGCGUCUCGCGCCAUACCUUCCAUAGCAGGCGGCGAGGACGAUGACGACAAACCUCUGGCGCUUCACCCGGACCAGCAGCGCAAGUCGCAGUUUAUCGCGGCGCAGCAACAGAAUCUCGCUGCGCAGCAGAUGAUGUUCCAGCAGCAGCAGCAAAUGAUGAUGAACCCGAUGGCGAGCAUGUACUUCAACCCCUCCAUGGUCGGCUCAGGCUUCUUUGCGCCCCCGAUGGGCACUGGUAUGAUGCCGAUGAUGCCACCUCCGCAGGCGCCGCCAUCGCCCCCGCCAGUGCCCAACCCCGCGAAGUUCGGUCUUGUGGAUAGGUGGCGGCGCGAUGUCGCGGUGGAGGGUGAGCCGUAAUUAUAGCCUUCUUCGGACUGUUCCUUCUUCGUCUACUACGCUCGCGUUGUCGAGCAUUUUUGCAAGGGCUUUUGUAGCAUACAGCUUUCUCCAUUGUUAUCGGUUAGCUUGAGUAAUGUCGCAAUGUGGGACAUUGGUCGGUAUAGUAUAUAGGCUUCACUGACGGUCGCUCUUUACCUAUAUACCAGUCAAGCAGGAAUACACAGGAAUAUAAUCAACUCAGAACCAAUAGCUGCUAGCGUCUUCGGGCUCUUCUUUAUCCGUGUUUUUCCAGGUCUAUGGAAGCAGUGGAAGAAGAUACAGGCAGAAUUGGGGAUGAGCAGUAGUCGUUGACGUCGUCGCCUCCGGAUACGUGAAAGGAGGUGGUAUGUGCAUGGGAGACACGAAAACGGAUAGGAUCUAGCGCUAGCCCUCUUUCCAUGUCAUUCAUCCCCUGCGCCGUAACCAUCCCUGAGCGCAAAUCAACGGAAGU